GUCAGAGCCAGGCCAGCGUGCUGAGGACCGAGGCAGGUCUCGCAGCAGGCGUGGAGACCAAACCCCAUGAUGUAGCCGGCGUGGCAGGACGGGCAGAGGCGGACUCCUUCCGAGCGGCGGACCUCAACGAUAGAGCGAAUAAUCAGUGCUCUGUCAACCUCCGACCAUGCUGUGUGGCAAGGCCAGCUGGAUUGCUGGGCUGCUCUAUGCUUGUAUUGUGAUGUUAGGACCAAUGGGACAACCUGUGGACAACAGCGAGGACAUGUCAAGUGUCACUCCUCAGAUGGAAGCAGGAUCAAGUGAGGAGUUAACACCAGCUCCUGCGGCCAACACAGAGAAGAAUUCAAUAUUCGCUCCCAAGCAAUAUGUGCGUCAAACCCAGUCGUUAUCUGCCAGGGAGCAGGAGUUUGUCCUGAAGAGGAAACAAGUAGCUCUGAAGUCACUCAACAGGCAGGGGAUCAGUUGUACACUGGAAUCCGUUCCUCACAUCGCACUCAUCGGGUCAGGUGGGGGACAGAGGGCGGCUGUGGGUCUAAUGGGUUCUCUCUAUCAGUUGGAAAAGGAAGGUCUGCUAGACACUCUGCUCUACCUGGGAGGAGUUUCUGGCUCUACCUGGUCCAUGUCCUUGCUGUACAGCGACCCACAGUGGAGCACCAACAUGGACAGGGCAGUGUCCAGGCUGUCAGGUACUGGGGUUGAUCUGGUGGAGGCUCUGGCCUGGUUGGACGAGAGGGCAAAGAAGGAGGACUUCUCUCUCUCUGAUAUCUGGGGGCUCAUGACCUCUGUUGGGAUCAUGAAACAGUUUGACCCUCGAAGUCUUUCUGAGGAUGGCAUAAACGCCUGGAAUCCUUACCCCAUCUUCAACGCAGUCAACAAAAACUGCCUGUACGACGGCCCUGAAAAAUCCAAAUGGUUUGAGAUGACUCCUCAUGAGGCUGGCUUCACAGAUCUGGGUCUCUUCAUCAACACUUCUCUACUGGGCAGCAGAAUCCAUGAAGCAGAUGCUGAAGGUGGAGGGUCAACGAUGGACAUGGUCAGGCUGCAAGGUAUCGAGGGCAGUGCUUUCGCAGAUGAAUACGGUCUGCUAAACUACAUGACUGGCUUGCUCAAAGUACCACAGCAGGUCAGACGUUUCUGGUAUGUCUUGGAAUAUUACAUGCGUGGGUACCGCAGUCUUUUGAAGCUAACAGAGCUGAUCAGACGAAACACAGAGGAUCCCGCUGUUUUAUCUGGGCUGGACAACCUGCAGAAAACACUUAAAGAAAAACUCAACUUAAACCCUAUUGCAUUACUUGGAAAGAAGAGCCCAGAACAACAAAAGCAGAUCAUUGAGCAGUGGUUUCAGAAAAAGUUGGCAUCCUUAAAGACUUUGGAACAGAGUCUGGAUGAAGGACCAAUCAAAGACAAUGUCUCUUUGAUGAUCCAGAAAGUCUUCACUCUGAUUGUGAAAUGGGAAUGGGGAACAACCAAAAACCUCCUCUACCAAUACCCAGAUGCUGCGGUGCCGUCUUGCAUCACACUUAAGGAGAACCUGCAGCUGAUAGAUGCUGUUGUGAUGCUCAACGUCCCCUACCCUCCCUUCCUGGGAGACAAGAGAGACGUAGACCUCAUUAUUGCGCCGGACUACGGGGGUGAUGACACAUUCAAGACUCUGACUCUUGCCAGAGACUACGCAGCCGCGGUGAAGAAGCCUUUCCCAGAGAUAGACGACAAAAUCCUGGAGGAGAGAGACUGGCCAAAGGACUGCUACGUGUUCGAGGGAAAAGGGAAGGAGCCCUCAAUCAUUUACAUGCCGCUGUUCAACAGAAAAAACUGCAAAGAUGCGGAGGAGUUCAAAGCAAAGACGGAGGAGUUCUCCACCUUCCACCUUCCGUUCAGCCAGGAGAAGACUGAGUCCCUGUUGGAGAUAGCGAAAGCCAACAUAAAGAACAACAAGGAAACUCUGCUGAGGGAGAUUAACAAGGCUGUCCUCCGCCGACGCAGCAAGAGGUCUUCAGCAGAAUCUGACUUCUAAACUUCAUAGAAUCAGCGUCACACAAUCUCGAGAAAUCUAUCAGAGAAAAACUGUAUAUUUACAAUUGUUUGUAUUUUAUUUCUCCACUAAUCAAACACUAUGUUAACUUGUUACAUCGUUAAUCAGACUUGUUUGGUUUGAAUUUGGAUGUAGUACCUUAAAUGAAACACUAGAGGUCUGUCUACCUCCACCAUGUUUUAAUUGCAUCAGUAAGUGUUCCUGCAUUGCUUCCAUUGCUGAAGUGGCUAUUUAUGGUUCUCCAUAUUACAACCAUGUUCCCGCUCAUUUUAGGAAAUUGUAAUUCAUUUGAUUUAGAAGUGCUGAACUCAGAAUAGCAAUCACAUGUUUUAAAUGAUGUUUUUAAUCUAAUAAAAUGGUUCUCUAGAGUUAA